UGACAUAACCCAUAACCCCGCGUUCGACCCCGCCUAUUCAAUAGACUGUUCAGCACCACUGCCAGUUCUAUUAUAUUCUUGCAGCAACUCUUCACAAGACCUCAACGCAUUGCCGAAGACAAUGUCGUCCAGCAAACCCAAUAUCCGAAUUGGCUACGUGCCUGAGCACUACCUGACACCCCUCCACCUCUGCGUCCGCCAUCCUUCUUAUAAAAACCUCCCCUUUGAACUCUCUCUCAUCCCGUUCCCCUCCGGCACAGGCCAUAUGAUCACGUCUCUCCGCGCGGAUGAAAUCGAUAUCGGCAUUGGUCUUACUGAAGGAUGGAUUGCGGGACUUACCGGCAAGCAGCAAUUAAAUGAAAACAAUGCCGCUGGUGGAGGGGGCUAUAAGAUUGUGGGACAGUGGGUUGAGACACCCCUGCGAUGGGCAAUUGUCACAGGCAAGGAGAGGGCAGACCUGAAUGGUGUGGAUAGCCUGAAGGAUUCGCGGGUUGGCGUGAGUCGGUUGGGCAGUGGAUCACAUAUCAUGUCGUUUGUUCUCUCUCAACAACAAGGCUGGUCCGCCGAGAGUCUGAAACCUGUUAUCCUCGGCCCAUUUGCUGCUCUACGGGAGGGCGUUUUAGGGCAUGCAGCAGGAUCGCAGAAAGGGGCAGAGUUUUUCAUGUGGGAGCAUUUCACCACAAAACCGUAUUUCCAACCCUCUGAUCCAUCGACCAAUCCCUCUCCACCGCUCAAGAAAAUCGGUGAGAUAUAUACGCCGUGGCCUUCAUGGCACAUCGUUGCAUCGACCAAGACAUUCCCUUCUCCAGAGGAAGAUGAGACUUUGAAAACGUUAUUCAGUCUGUUUGAUACUGGUAUCGCCGAGUUCGAGAGUAAGACAAACGAAGUGGUUGGGUUAUUAGGAACGGGAGAGUUGGGAUGCACCUAUACUGAGGAUGAUGCGAGAGAGUGGCUGAAAGCGACGAGGUUUGUAAAGAAUACAAGAGGGCUGGAUAGGAAAGUUGUAGAGAAGACUGUUGAUGUGCUGAAAGUGGCUGGGGUUAUUGACCAGCGUUUGCCAGAGGAAGAGGCCGUGCAACGUGUUACAGGCAUCCCAAGGUGAAUCGAAUCGAGUCGAUUUUACAUAGGGACGGUAGAAGUUCUCGAAAAGGAAGAUCGCUGUUGAAAAUGUAUUCUAUUUUGAUUAUAUUACCACUUUUAUUGCUAUGUAUAGAUCUAAUUGGUUAAUAUAAUAUCGUGAAUGGUAAUA